GGAAAGAGAAAGCGGCACAAUAAAUAGAAGAGAGAACGCUUGAGAAAGCGAGAGAGGGAGCAUACCAAUAUGGUAUGCGGGGGAGAGACCCUGGGUAAAAAGGGAGAGAGAGCAGGAGAUCCCAGUGAGAGAGCUGCAGAGAGAGAGGGAGGGAGAGAGAGGCUGCAUGUGAGAAGCAGCGUGAGCGAGUAGAAGCAGAAUAGCAUUCAGCUCCUGUUCACCACAGAAGACGACUCAACAACUUAACGACACUCUCCUGGAAAGCUGAAAACACACGGAGCCUCUUCAGUCUGCUGAUGGGAGAGAGAAAAGAAGUUUGCUUUCCUCCUCCUUUUCCUUCUGCUUCUUUUUUAGUUUUUUCCUUUUUGGAAAGUGACAAGAUGUGCAGAGUGAAUGAUCAAGGUCUGUGAAGGAAGGAGAUCUGUGUUUAUUCAUGAAGGAUUUGAAGAGUGACUGACAUUUUCCACUGAGGGCUUAUGCAAGCACAAGGAGGAAAAAUGUAAGGAAUAUUUAAUUCUCUGGAGGUCUGACAUUGUUCUUAGUUACAGCAAACAAAGAAUACUUUCUUACUAUGAGUCAAGAAAUGCAAGUGAAGGAAGGAAGGAGACUGGAAAGUUAGUGACACAUACUCACACAUGUCAGAUAUCAUCAUGUUCAUCAUCCAUGUCUGUCGGCUGCCGACGCACUCUCACAGGUGCAGGGAUGAGUUGAGACGAGAGAGCGAGGACGCUUGAAGAUUUCCACACACAUUAGGAAACACACACGUGCAGCAUAAUGACAUCUGUGCAGGAGUGUCAGUUAGGAUAAACAAACUCUGAACAUUCACACGUCAGUCAGGGUUUGUGUCAAACUGAUAACACCAGUAUUCCAAGGCUGGAGGUUUUUUUUUAUUUGUUUGUCUCCUUAAAGAUCAUACAUUAAAGACUGAAAAGAAACAAAGUUACUGAAUAACUGCUUCAACCAGGCAAUGAAAUUCUGAUUUGUAACAUUCCCGACUUCACAUGGACCUGAUAUUUUUAACAUGAACACAGCCUUGACUUCAAACUCUAAACAGGAGAAACCUGCAACUGCCAUCGCACCAGCUUUGAGUGGAUUCUAUAAUAAGAAGAGAAGUUAUUUUUUUCUAAAUCACUGAAGAUAUGGGAGUCAAAACAACUCCGUUCUGUUUGGGAUAUUUUGGGCAACGGAAUACUUUUGUUUCUUUGUUUUCACAGAGCCAGAUGACGGACUGUGGGCACAGGGAGGUUAUUAACCAAGCGAGAUAUCAUUUUUAAGCGUUCGGCAUUGUCCUGUGAGAUCAAACAGCUGCUCUUCUGGUUGCGCUGAAUUCAGCAGAAUGCUAUUUUUGUUUCCCCGUUGUGAAGAUGAUUUGUUGAUCCUCUGACAGUCAAUUCAGGGAUUUUUCUUCUUUUUUUUAUUUGACAUGAUGGAGCAAAGAAGUGGUAAACCAUAUUGAAUUACAGGUUAAUUGCUAGAGUGAUGAACGGUGUUGUAUUUAUAAUAUUCAGAGCAACGGGAAUGGAAAACAAGUGAGCGAUGAACAGACUUUCCUCUUUUCUCCGCCACUCUGACCCACUUUCCAGGCAGCGGUCCUGAGCAUUUAUCGAGCUGACACCAUGAACCUGCAUGGUGGCAAUGUGUCACAGUUGAUCUCUAACACUGUCACAGCCGUUACCACUCUGGGGUCUAACCCCUGGCCUCCACACGAGGAAGGUGGCCUCCAAAGUGGCAAUGCCACGAACCUGGGCUGCCAGAGGAACAAUGUGGUUCAUAAUGGCAAUGACGCACAGCUGGGGAACUGGUCUCACCAUAACGUGGCGGGAGUCUACGGGUCUCAGUGCCCUCCCUUGGAGCAGCUGAUGCAGAAAAACUGGGCAGCCCUGCUGAUUUUAGUGGUCAUCGCUGUCACGGUCAUGGGCAACAUUCUGGUGAUCCUGGCCGUCUCCCUGGAGAAGAAGCUGCAGAACGCCACAAACUAUUUCUUGAUGUCACUGGCAGUAGCUGACAUGCUUCUCGGCAUCUUGGUCAUGCCGGUUUCCAUGGUGACCAUUCUCUAUGAUUACGGCUGGCCCCUGCCCUCUGAUCUUUGCCCCAUCUGGAUCUAUCUGGACGUCCUGUUCUCCACAGCAUCCAUCAUGCACCUUUGUGCCAUCUCUCUGGAUAGAUACAUCGCCAUACGCAACCCAAUCCACCACAGCCGCUUCAAUUCUCACACCAAGGCCCGCAUCAAGAUCAUGGCAGUGUGGACCAUUUCAGUGGGGAUCUCAAUGCCGGUUCCUGUGUUUGGUCUCAGAGACCACUCCAAGGUCUUCAAAGAUGGCAGCUGUCAGCUGACAGAUAACAAUUUCGUGCUGGUCGGCUCCUUCGUGGCCUUCUUCAUCCCCCUCACCAUCAUGGUCGUCACCUAUUUCCUGACCAUCAACGCCCUGCAGAACGAAGCCACCCUCUGCUUGGACCAGCUGGUCCCACGGCCCAAAUGGAGCACUACCUUCACCUUGAGCUUCUUUCCACAAACGUCUUUGUCCUCCGAGAAACUCCUCAGGCGAUCGAUCAGCCGUGACACCACAGGCAGAGGGAGCACCGGCGGGCUGGGUGGUGCCCGUGGGAGCAUAUCUGGCUCUCUCUUUGGGCGCCGCACCAUGCAGUCGAUCAGCAACGAGCAGAAGGCUUCAAAGGUCCUUGGGGUGGUGUUUUUUCUCUUUGUGGUUAUGUGGUGCCCGUUUUUCAUCACCAACGUGCUGGUGGUGGUGUGUGAACCUGACGUUUGCGACCCGGGAGUCAUGGGAGGUCUGCUGAAUGUUUUCGUCUGGGUAGGCUACUUGUCCUCUGCAGUCAACCCACUGGUCUACACGUUGUUCAAUAAGACGUACCGCGCCGCGUUCCUGCGAUACGUUCGCUGCCAGUACCAGCCAGAGAAGAAACCUCUUCAGCUGAUACUGGUGAACACCAUCCCCCCACUGGCUUACAGCUCCACCCAGCUACCUUUGGGAGACAUCGGGAAGUUAGGCAAUGGAGUGGCGCACUGUAGCAGCGGGGCGAAGGAGUUCUCUUCUCCUGGGCAGGAGACGGAAAAAUCCAGGCAGGACAAAAGCCACGGAGACAAAGACGAGAGCUGUGUGUGAGACUCCAAUACAAAAUCCUGGUUAAAGGGCAAUCCAGUGCAAGCAAUUUCAGUUUCCCCCUCUGUGGUUACAGUGUACUCUGUAGGAAAGGGUCUGAGAUUUUAAGUGCCAAAGACAAUGUGCCUCAAAGUCAGAAGUUCAGAAAUACAGAGGUCACUGAAAAAGCAGAAGAAGCCUUUAAAUGCUCAACAUUUCCACAACAGUUUCCUCAGAUUCACACAGCUUCAUCAACAGAGUCUGGAUCAGGUGAACGAGGUCUGUGAUUGCUCCUCAAAAAUGUUGUUAACGAGCACGUGCAUCAUGGAUCAUCAUCCCCAUUUUCAGUCUCGCUGUUCUUUCAGAAUCUUUUGUACACUGCCACAAAAGACAAAAUUACUCUUGAAAACCAUAUCAAUUUAUUUUUUUUCACCAAACAAUCUUUGAACGCUAUCUUCCAGUCUGAGAGCCAAAUCAGAGAGAUGAAAAGACGGUACCGUCCGUGUGAAUGAUGUGAAACACAGUUGGGCACAUCCCAACAUAACAGUUCUAUUUUGUUACAACACUUUGGACAACAAGGGUGAAAAAGUCAGACAUUGUUAACAUAACUACAUUUUCCACGGAUGCUCAGCUGCUCUGACCUCAGCUGCCCCUUCUUUUUGCCAGCUCCUUGGCAUCGGUCAUGUGGUGUCUACCUUCCAUCAUACCUUUGGGUGGAUCAGUGGGGAUUAGGCUGGAUUUCCUGCCACCUUAUCAGAUGAUAGUGGUGGGAGGAGGGAGAUCCAGGAUGAGCCUAAUACACCAGAACUCCAGACACUUGCAGAGGUCAGAUGAAGCUGCCAAAAAGGGAUGAAAAAAAACUUCUGCUGCUUCUGUAUUUUAUGUUGAAAACAACAACAGGAAGAAUAUGCCUGAGGCAGACAUUCACUAAUUAGAGAGAAUCCAUAAAUGAAUCUAUAUUUGUAUUUUGUGCACAUUUGUGAAUAAAUGUAUAUGACUGUUGAGGUUAAAUAGAUUUUAUUUGCAAAUGAGAGGAUGAUUACUGAAGCUGACAUGGUGCAGUAUGAGUACAGCAGAGUAGAAGACAUUUGAUUGGCAGGAAAAAGUGUAUUUAAGUGCAGUUGUAUCCACUGUAAAGGUCAUAGUUUAUAUUAUGUUCAAGCCAAACUAUCCGUGCACACUGGCAUUUUCAUGAUGACAUUUCCAAAAAAUAAUGCUCAUAUACUGUCCAGUGUUUUAUUUGGAGGUUUUUUUUUUGCUAAUAUGAGGAGAGGGAUGUGAAUGGAGGAAAGUAGCUGAAUCAGUGCAUGAAGGUGAGCUUGUACCAUGGAUUUAUUGCCAGGAAAUAUUCGGAGCGGCAUUUCAGACUUGAAUUUGGUGGUCUCAGUGCCUGAGACUUGCAUGGGCUUGGUCUAAAAUUGUGAAAAUCACUGUCUGCACUAUGAAUGCACACACCAACCUUGUCUCACCCCUAGCUCAUCACAUAGUGAUGUUUGGUCAGGAGCACAUGGAUUCAGAUUUUGACACCCUGGAUAUCCCUUUAAUGUUGCUUUUACAAAGUGCCGUCUGGUAAGGUUUACCCGGAGUCCAUCAUGUAUGGAUCAGGCAAUGAUGAGCCUGAAGGCAAAAGUAAUCCUGUGGUCUUUAGUCCAUUUAAAUCCAACUAAAAAAUGGACAUAAGAGGAUACACCCAUUAUUAGAAUUAGAGCAGAAGAAGUUUCUGACCAAGGAUCACUAUGUAAGGAGUAAGGAAUCAAUUUAAGGUGCCCUGUGGAGUUGUGUUUAAAACAAACACCAGUUAUGUUCAGCAGUUCUUACCAAACCCACUCUGUUUAUGAGGUUGUUUCAAAGAGGUCAGAAUGACACAGUGUUAGCAGAACCCCAAUUUUCAGUUAGGUCCCAGUUAGGUUUCAGCAGGUCCCAAUGAGCCUCAGCAGCAGUCACUGUGAGAGCUAAAACAUUUCACCUACUGGUUACAAACCUAGAAUAUGUGAACUCCCACUGAUAGCACAGCCAUCAGUGUCAUAUUACAUGGUUAUGUAUUACUUUACCAUGAAUCUUUGCAGGGUACCUUUAAGUGAGUCACUGUCUUUUAAUACUGCACCCAACAUCCCACCAAAAGUCACUAACCAAGUGUAUGAAAGGACAAAAGGAAAGUAAACAAAUGGUGUUGCAUAUGUUAUGCAGUUGAAACACACACCUACUCAAUAAUUUAAAUUAGAUUAGAUGAAACAGAUGGCAUCGUCAUGGCAAAGAUUCAAUGAAUAAUGAGAGCAAAAAGAAUGCACCUUUUUUUAACACGCUGCUGUUUCAGUGGUUUUAUACACUGAGAGGAUGUUGAAAAAACAGCUGUUUAACAAAAAUUAAGUCCUUGGAGUUGAGAAGUCACGAUCCAAGUAAUGAAUCAGUUGCAGUUUAACAUGUCAGGUGUUUUGUGGACACCUAUCUAUGCCUCAUAUGAAAAGCAUUAUUUUAACCCCUUUGUGGAGCAGAUCUUCUGCAUCAGACAGCUUCUCUGGUUCUGCUCUGCAUUGUGACUAAACAGCCAGUGAUUUUUAAAGUGUUAGAAAACCAUCAAUACCUUCUCAUAGGAAAACGGCAUCAUUAUACUCAGUGGCUGAAAUUUAAUUUUAAAGAUUGCUAUAUCUCUAUGAAGAUAGAGGAUAUUGAAUUUUUUUAGAAGCUGUACAAUUCACUAGGUUGUAAUAAAAUGAAAUAUGGUGUUGGAUGAUGUUUUUCUGUGGUACAAAGCCACCGUGAAACAAUAAAUUUGUUAUUAGCCUAAACAUGCUGAGCAUUGUGGGACCUGUGUGAGACCUUAAUAUUAUCAGCAUUCAUAAGCAACAACUCUUUUCCUUGUAGACAAAUUGUUGAGACCAAUCAAAUAACAGGAGAAGCUGGAGAACGGGUAAACAUAAGUACUGGAAAGCAAAGACAACCCGAAGCAGAGAUGGGAGUAAAAGCUGAAUGUAUCUGUAUCUGUUUAAUAUUAAUAGUUCCUCCAAAUAUUAGCUUGGCUUUUGUAAGUGGAAUGUAAUAGAAAGUUACAAAAUGGUAUUGGCUUGUAAUUUUACAAGCUAAUACGUUUUGUUUGUUGGUUGGUUCGUUUACAUUUUCUUCUCUAAGUCAUUCCAUUCUGAAGAACUGGCAAUAUCAUUGCUGAAGUAGAAUUCUUCACAUCCACCAGAAAGUUAAAGGGAGCUCAGAGAAAGAAAAAAAGGUUAAAGAGGUGAUAGCUGUUGCUCUACAUAUGGCACAGAGUGACUGUCAGGUCUGCUAUUUGAAGGAGGGAAAGGAUUUUUCUGCUAGAGGAUAAUGUAGCCGGGUUAGUUACUGAGUGCCUCACAUGUUUUUCCAACAGCAGGUGUAAGAGAACCGAUAAAAGAUUUAGGAUUAGACCAGUGAGGCUGCUUGUAAACAACAGUAAUGAAAUAAGAGAAGUAUGAGCUCUGGAACUGUCAGUUUUUUAUUCAACAUCAACAUUAAGGGCUGACUCAAUGAGUGUGGGCCCGAUGGGAGAGAAUAGCUAAGUGGCUAAUAAAUCCUACAAUGAUACAGAAACAAUGAAUUCCUGACUAAAUUCAGUUUAUUUGAAACCCAGGUCUUAAUUUAAAUUGUUUUGUGGAUUCUAUCCCAAUCAUUGUGAAAUUAUGUUUUCUUUUUAUUUGCUAAAGUCAAAGUGCAAAAUCAACUGUAGGUACUCAGAUGCUAAUUAUGGUUUAAAAAAGAAAGGUUGGGUAAUAAUUUCAAUAUUUUCUUUUCUUUUGGUUUAGUGAAAACCUGUUUUAACACUGCAAGAUUUAAUGUAAUUUUAAUUUGGAAAGACUCUGUAGUAUUUUACAAAAUUAUGUCCCUCCCUACAGUGUAUCCAACUAGGUUAUGUUUAGCAGGUUUGGUUGAUGAUUUAGGCACAAGAAACGAAGCAGAGCUGCAGUAAGGCUAGAGCCACUGACUAAGUCACUUUUCCUUUUGUUCCAUUUUAAUUUCAUGUGAAGGAAUAAUUUUGUAUUCUGUUGUAUUUCAUUGUUUUAUACAUGCAACACAUAUCAUCCAUCUCUCUCUAUACACAGAGUUGAUUGCUAGGUGGAAUAUAACAGUCAUUUAGUUUAUCAGGCCAAAUUUAUUUAAAAAAAAACUUGAUUUAAUUUUGUGAUAAUAAUUAUUAAAGUUUUCUCUGUGUACUUAUUUGGUCAGAUUGGUCAGGCUACUGCUGUAUGUGAUGUUGUGAUCAUUCACUUUGCAAAAAAUCCCAAUAAAGUUUUAGGAAUUUUGGACAAAAGUAUCAAAAAUAAAAGCCAGGAUAUAUAUAAAGAGAAUUUUCCUAAAAUGCCAAAGUUUUCAGAAUCAACUGUCUUUGUAUUUUUGUAAGUGCAGCCAUGGUGUGUAAAGGACUCUGUGGUUUGACCAUAUUGUUUGCCUAUUGUGUUACACAUUGUGGUAGCAAUCCUGGUUUUGACUUUUUUCAAAUCUGGACUCACUGAAGUAGCUGCUGUCUGUGUAAUUCUGUUACUGUUGCAGUGAUGUAAAGACCAUCGACAAACUUAUGCAGACAAAUCUGGAUCCAGAUGUAACUCUGAUUUUGAGGCGUUUUUAUGUUUUAUAAACUAGUGUCAGUUUUGGAAUUCGAUGUUUGACGGUAAUGAUCACAUUUCUUUGAUAUGUCAACUGUAUGGAUCUAUUUUGUUUGUUUGCUCUUGUUUUUAAUUCAAAGUAAAGAGAAUUAUUGGAGAUAAUG